AAAAAUCUCCAAGAUUUGGCGGGAGCAGAGACCAGUCCUUGAAAAAUCCGAGAAAGUUGGAGAGAAAGUGAGGGAAAAUACUCAGCGGAGUAUGGGAAAGGACGAGGAGGAGAUGAGGGGAGAGAUAGAGGAGAGACUGAUCAACGAGGAGUACAAGAUAUGGAAGAAAAACACGCCGUUUCUGUACGAUCUGGUCAUAACGCACGCCCUAGAAUGGCCUUCCCUCACCGUCGAAUGGCUUCCGGACAGGGAAGAACCUCCGGGGAAGGAUUAUUCCGUCCAGAAGAUGAUUCUCGGCACUCAUACUUCCGAGAACGAGCCCAAUUAUCUCAUGCUCGCUCAGGUCCAGCUUCCGCUUGAGGACGCCGAGAAUGACGCCAGGAAUUACGAUGACGAUCGCGCCGAUGUCGGUGGAUUCGGCUGUGCGAAUGGCAAGGUUCAAAUAAUCCAGCAGAUAAAUCACGAUGGAGAGGUUAAUCGAGCCCGCUACAUGCCUCAAAAUCCGUUUAUUAUCGCGACAAAGACAGUUAGCGCUGAAGUUUAUGUCUUUGAUUAUAGCAAACAUCCAUCCAAGCCUCCAUUAGAUGGUGCCUGCAGUCCUGAUUUGAGGCUGAGGGGGCACAGUACCGAAGGAUAUGGGUUAUCUUGGAGUAAAUUUAAGCAGGGUCAUUUACUGAGUGGUUCUGAUGAUGCUCAGAUAUGCUUGUGGGAUAUUAAUGCUACUCCUAAAAACAAAACCCUUGAAGCUAUGCAGACUUUUAAGGUUCAUGAAGGUGUUGUGGAAGAUGUUGCCUGGCAUUUGAGACAUGAAUACUUAUUUGGUUCGGUUGGUGAUGAUCAAUACCUUCUUAUAUGGGAUCUUCGGACUCCAUCUGUUACCAAGCCUGUUCAAUCUGUUGUAGCUCAUCAAAGUGAG